AUGUCUUCCCCUCGCUCCAGCUCCCCCGUCAACUCGCCGCCGGCGACCGGCUCCACCACUGCCCGCCCCUCGUCUCCCAAGCCCCCGGGUGGCCCUGCCGUGGCCAUCAGGAGGAAGGCUGCCGCCGACCGCGCCGACAAGGCCGCCAAUGCUCGCCCCAGCAGCACCCGCGCCGCCGGCGCUGGCGGUAGCAGCAGCACCAUGCUGAGGCUUUACACCGACGAGUCUCCCGGCCUCAAGGUCGACCCCGUCGUCGUUCUCGUCCUGUCCGUUGGCUUCAUCAUCAGCGUUGUCGCUCUGCACGUCAUCGCCAAGAUCACCAAGAAGUUCUCCGCAUAA